GCCGCCGCCAAGAUGAUGGAGGAGAUAGACCGGUUCCAGGUGCCCGCCGUGCGCGCCGAGAUGCAGCCGCUGGAUCCAACAGCUGCAGCUAUUUCAGACAGAGAUUGUGAUACGAGAGAGGGAGAGACUGUAGCCAUGAACUAUAAGCCAUCUCCACUUCAAGUGAAACUAGAGAAGCAGAGGGAGCUGGCUCGGAAGGGGUCCCUGAAGAAUGGCAACAUGGGAAGCCCAGUUAAUCAGCAGCCCAAGAAGAACAACGUGAUGGCACGAACAAGGCUCGUCGUUCCCAACAAGGGCUACUCAUCGCUAGACCAGAGUCCAGAUGAAAAGCCCCUGGUAGCCCUGGAUACAGACAGUGAUGAUGACUUUGAUAUGUCCAGAUAUUCCUCCUCAGGAUACUCAUCAGCUGAGCAGAUCAACCAAGACUUGAACAUCCAGCUGCUAAAGGAUGGGUACCGGUUAGAUGAGAUCCCGGAUGACGAGGACCUCGACCUAAUCCCCCCUAAAUCGGUCAACCCUACCUGCAUGUGUUGCCAAGCCACCUCCUCCACCGCCUGUCACAUUCAGUAGUGAGGCCGGCAGGCUGUGAUCAGUGCUUUCCUCUAUAACUGUAAAACUUAACAGCCAUUGCUUCCUCCUAUGGUAGGAUGUGCACCUCUUUGUGUUCAUGGAGCCAGGAGAAACCAAAAAAUUCAUUUUAUGAUUGGUUGAUAACUUAUUUUAAACUAUGGUAAAACAAAAGAGAAGUUGCUCAAUGUGCCAGGCAGUGCCUGGCAGAGCUGACUGGUCUGGAGAGCAAAUGCAGAGGGGUCCAGAGAUACCUCCUUGGUUUGUUUAGGCACUGGGGAUAUUUUGUAAAGUGUCUUUUUCCAGAAUGGGAAAGGUCAGAUGGGACUUCAGGUAAUCCUGCCCACUGAAACCAAUCCAUCUGCAAGAUUAGGGCAAGUUGGAGGUAUCAAAGUGUUUUACCAAUGAGAGGAAGUCAGUUCUUAAUUCAUUCACUAAACCUGUUCCAUUUGCAUAACCAAAAUGAUAUAACUGGGGCACAGGAAGGGGGACGGACCAGGGCAUCCUUUCCUAUGGCAAGGCUAGCCAGGACUAGCAUGUCACAAUUCAUUCACUUGCAAAAGGGACAAGUAGCUGACAUCCCACUGUGAGUCAGUACUAGCUAGAGCUGUUGUGUCACAUAGCCAAUGCAAUCUACCCUUAGCGCCACAUUAAACUACCACCAAACACAUCAGAUUCGAUCUGCAAUCCACUCAUGCACUUCAAGGAUUUGCUCAUUGCCCAGGAAUACCAACCAUACUUGUGACUUCAGUCACAUAUUCUGACUUCAGCCUGUAUUUAAUCCCUGUGCAACCCAUCUCUUUCCAAAAAUUUUAAACUUCGUUCAGCUGAGAAGAAAUGAAUCCUGCAUGAGUCAGGACUACAGA